ACUCUAAAGUCUCCGCGGUCAACAUGUUUGGAGAAGAGAGGCGGUGUGACCUGUCAGCGAGGCCCGGGCUCUCAUCACUGCCUUUUAUUGGUCCUGACGGGGACUCGGUGAGAGGGAGCACCACCUACACCAACUAAUGAGACGCAAGGGAGUUUCUGCAGGCUGCACUCUGAGGCUCCAGACCUCCUCUGGGAACAUCAGACGCACAUCGGUCCGGCUGAUGUGGAUCCUUCUCCUGAGCUUCCACAGACCUGAUGUGUUGAACAGAUCUGGUUCUGGGCUCUUUAGACCUGCAGGAAGGGACUCAGAGUCUUCACCUAAUGAAAUCUUGGACUAUGAGGGUGAGCCGACUGCUGCAGGUGUCCCUUUUGUUGCUGGGAUUGUGUCAGGCCCGCCGCACCCCUCCACCAGGUGGUCCCCCCAAACUGCAGGAGGCAGGUGAGGUCCCGGUGUCCCAGCUGAGGAUGCUGUCUCUGGGACUGGCUCACCUGCUGCAGGGGGUGGAGGAGAACGCAGAUCAGCUGGAGCAGCAGGGAGAGCAGGUGGCGUCAGAGCUGGACGGGGCCACAAAGAGUCUGGAGAGGCUUCGUAAGGAGAAUUUACAGGCGGGACGCACUCACAGGCAGGUGAGAAAAGACCUGCAGAUACUCAGUGCACGAGGGGACAGGCUGUGGAGGGUCGCCAGAGAUCUGCAGAAGGGGCAGGAAGAUCUGGAGACGGAGCAGGGAGCCAUGCAGCAGCGGAUAAACCGGAUCCUGCAGAAAGUGAAGAGCCUGAGCACGCCGAGGUCAGGAGGUCAGACUCAACUCAACAUCAGCUCUGUGAAGGUCAUCAUGGAUAAACAGGCCCAGCGACUCGCCAGUUUGACCUCGGUGGUUUCAGCCCGAGACAGACUGAUUGACAGGCGCCUGCAGAAGAUUGACCUCCUGGAGAAACGGGUGUCUGCGAGGUUCCCAGCAGCACUGAGGGCAGAUUCUGCCUCCGACUGUGUCUGAUGAGCACAGCUGUAUCAACACAGCCACUCUGCACCGAUCCACUCGCAAGCUGACUUCGUAGAGCCGAAACUCCCUAAAGGAUGUGUCACAAUCAACAAAUAUGCACCUAAUUUUGGCUAUUGUGCAACACCGCCUGUCAAUCACCACAAAAACAUUUAUGCUGAAAACUGUUGUCAGUGUGUUGACCUCAACAAGACUUCUGUUUUAAAAACGGUUCAAAAAUAAAACUCUCCUGUUCCCGAGUCGUCAUGUUGUGGCUCUGACUUCCAUAAUAUUGUGGUUGCUGAUGGCGGUGAAAUGUCUUGUGAAGAUAUUUUGACUCGUACACACCCAAAUAAACAGAACGCACACUGAAGAUGGACCAGCAGCUCUUCACAGCUGUCUCGCCGCCAAAUGUGACAAAGGUCGUGUGUUGAAUCUUGAGCUGAUAUCUGAUGGCCUCAAGUCAGCGUCUUGACGGCCGACUCGCAGGCAGGCUGUCCCCUCUGGUGUUCCCAAACAAACGUCCAACAACUCGAACUCUGUCCCACUUAGAGGAAAGACAACAAAGAACCAAGGAGGGAAAGAAAGAGGAAGAAAGACAUUAUGAAAGGUUGACAUAUAGAGAAUUUAAUAACAACAGAAGCAGUAAUUGAAGAAGGAACCAGAACAACUGAGUGAGGAGAGAAAAAAUGAUACAAUAUAUGUGAAUUCAGGAGGAUACAGCAGCUUAAAUGAGUGUAGAUUAUGUAAUACAGCAGGGUUACUGUGUAUGGAUGAAGUGAUGCCUUUGAAAUUAGAGGGUUUGGCAGGUGCGUCAGAGCUGCAGCAGCACCCCCCAGAGGUAAAAUAUCAAAGUAUCUGGAGCAAUGUAAAGACAAUGUUUUUCAAUGUGCACUGUGUCUGUGUAGUGUAUUUUAGUCUGUUGUGACAUUCUUAGAUGCUUUUCCACAAGAAUAAUUUGGAGUAAUUAUAACAUCUCCUCAAUAUGCAGACUCCCUCUAACC